AACUGGCGUCUUAUUGUUUCCCCCCCCCCCCUCAAAAAAAGAAAGGGUAUUUUUUUCGAUGGCUCCCCCCCCUCCCUUUCUUUCUUUUCACUUGUAUCUUUUUUCUCGUUUUUCUUGUGGCUGUGGUGGUGGGACACAAUGGAGGAGGCACUUAGAGCGCUGUAUAGUAUGAAAUACAGACAAGGGCGAGUACAGUUGGAUAUACAACUUUUUUCAAAAGAGUAAGA